AUGGUUCUAAUGACUAUGAUUGCCCGUGUGGCAGAUGGGCUGCCUUUGGCGGCCACAAUGCAAGAAGACGAACAGUCUGGAAGGAACAUAUUGGAUUAUCAAAACCAAGCGAAAAUGCUAUUCCGAAAACUAGGCCCCCAAUCGCCUCCUAGAUGCACCAUCGAAACCGGACCUUAUUUAUUUCAUUAUUUGAUAGAAUACGACGUUUGUUAUUUAGUGUUAUGUGAUAAAGUAUUCUCAAAGCGACUGGCUUACUCGUAUCUGGAAGACAUUGCACAAGAAUUCCACGCGCAAUACGGCAAGCGAGUCAACACUGUAACUAGGCCUUACACUUUCAUAGAGUUCGACAAUUAUAUUCAGAAAGCGAAAAAACAAUUUUCUGACUCGCGGUCUAGAAGGAACUUGAAUGUUAUAAACAAUCAACUGCAGGAUGUGCAAAGAAUAAUGGUUCAAAACAUUGAUGAUGUAUUGCAAAGGGGAACUGUCCUCUCAGAGCUAGAUACCAAAACUCAGAAUUUAUCGAUGUUGACGGAGAAGUAUAAAAAAGAUGCCACAUUUUUGAAUACGAAAUCGAUUUAUGUGAAGGCGGCUGUCGGGGGAAUCGUUUUUCUCGUGUUUGUUCUGUAUUUUUGGAUUUUGUAA